CAACGUUGAUAAUUGGCAAGAAAACAUGGCAAGUGCCACUGGAAACUGUGCUAUGGUCCAGUACAGUGACAAAAAGAUCUAUAUCAACAAUUGUGGAAGUCAUCUGUUCUUCAUUUGUCGGAAGUACCCUACCUACUACUACGAUUACCCGUUCAUACCAGAGGCAAAGACAUGGUCAGAAGCCCAGGAAUACUGCAGGACUAACUACGCUGAUCUGGCCAGUUUUUCAAGCUCCUACCUCAAAAACGUCGUCAGAGAGAUGGAAUUUCCUAUCUGGAUUGGACUGCACAGAGAUGGAGCAGCAUGGAGCUGGAGCUUGGGGGACUCCAAAUAUAGAAACUGGUUCACAGGAGAGCCGAGUAACAGCGGCGACUGUGGGUCUAUCUACUCAAUAUCGAAGAAGAUGGCUUCUCAAAACUGCGAUACUCGUCUACCGUUCCUCUGCAUCUCAGACAAUAUGGUCCUGGUAAAGGAGAACAAGAACUGGGAGGAGGCGCUGGAACACUGCAGAGGCCUACGUUCAUCCACAAACAACGUCCGCUACGAUCUCCUCAGCCUGCAGCCUGAAGACCAACAGGACCUUAUUAUGACCAAGGUCAUGCAGGCUGACACUAAGGAGGUGUGGACCGGCCUGCGUUUCCUGGCCGGUGAGUGGCUGUGGGUGAACGGAGCAGAUAUGCUGCACACCGACCUGCCUCUCUGCCCCGCCCCACAUCAACAUUGUGGGAUCUUAUCCAAGAACAGCGCUGGUGGCAUGGAGGCUAGAGACUGUUCAGAGAGAAAAAACUUCAUCUGUUACAGCUACACACCCUAAAUAAAGUAUCCCAAAAUCCGAUAUUACAGACAGAAAUUAUCAUGUUUGAAAUGUUAACA